AUGUCGACAACUUCAUCAUCCCAGCCAAGACAUGCGAAUGGCUAUCACUUGCAAUGCACUGGACAAGCUUUAGAGACUGCCAGACGGCACGAAAAGGAUGUUGAGCCAUCUACGGGUGACGAGAUUACGCUGUAUGGCAGCUGCUUUUGGUACGUUUGAGCGGUAGAGUCAAGUCAAGAAUCAAGGAGUGGUGGACGUAUGAUGUGCCGCCUUUCUUAUCCUUACAUCGACGAAAUGUUGUCCAUAAAGUCCCUUUGUACACAGAGCUUGGAUCACGCUCGAGGUGCUAGGUCUGCCGUGAGUGGGUUUUGCGUGCCCAGUCACGACUCCUUGCUAUCGACAUGUUGCUCCAUCUCAAAAUCUCUGGUCUGCUCCUUCUUUUGCAGUUACAAGUACGUCGAAGGUGAGCAAGUAGGAGGCGCCUCGAAUCACCUUGCUUGACCCAGCCUCUAUCCACUUGUUGACCAUACUCCUACCGCUCCCCCCCCCCGACCCACAGUGGACCCCUACGCCAAACCAGCUUCACUUUUGGCGCUCAAUCCCAAAGGUCUGGUGCCCGCUGUCCAAGUCGGUCCCGAUCCGCACAAUGGUUUGGGCGAAUCGACGGUGAUCAUGGAGUACCUGGCCGAGCGCAGCGAUUCGCGCGGAGGAGCUCUCUUUCCAUCCAUCGAUAGACCCUUUCAAAGGGCUCAGGCGCGUCUGGCAGCCGACAAGAUCAAUCGAACGCUUUUGCCUGCUUUUUACAAGUACCUCCAGGCGCAAGAGGUGCAGAGACAGGUCGAGGCUGGAAGGGAAUUCUUGAAUGGCAUGACCGCUUUCGUGGAGAGCAUGCAGCAGGGAAGCGGACCGUUUUGGGACGGCACGGAUAAGAUUGGCUGGGCAGAUGUCAUGAUUGCUCCGUGGGCCAUCCGGGCUGCUAUAGUGCUCAAGGUGCGUUGAUGAGCAGAUCAAGACACGAAAACGACAUUCCAAAUGCUUGGCUGAGCGACAAUUUGUGCACAAUUCUCUCCAGCAUUACAGAGGCUUCGAUAUGAAGGCUGAUCCCGACGGGCGGUACGAGAAGUGAGCUGCUGCAGAAACCUCUUGUGCCAAUGAGGUCCCCCACGCUGAAAGUCUUUGCGCACAGGUGGCAAAGUGCACUGCUGGCUCACCCCGCGGUCAAAGCGACGACGAGCACGGAUGAGCUCUACCUCGACAGCUAGUGCGUUCGCAGCCUUGGCGAACAAGCAUUUCUUGACCCCACGUUGACUGUUCCGAUCGCCGGUCUAUGCUCCAUACUGGGCCCGGCAUCUUCUUAGCGCACGAUAUGCAGAGAACAGACCAAACACUUCUCAGGUUGCGGAGGCUAUCAAUUCGGGACGUGAGUGUCACAUGGGAGGUCACAAGCGCACCGCUACGGCUGAGUCUAUUGCCGUUUCCCACAGGUGGUCUGCCUUGA